CUCAUUGCGCCCCUCUUUAUCCGCCUCGUCGGUCCGUGUCCCUCUUCCUGUAUCCGGUGAUGGAGGUCUGCGGCCGGAAGGUCUAAACACGCAGCUGCGCUCAGACACAGGACGACGCGUCCAGCGAGGAACCAGGAGACCGGGCUCCGCUUGAACACGACACGUGAAGAUGCCAGUGGCUGUCGGUCCGUACGGCCAGACCCAGCCCAGCUGUUUUGACCGGGUCAAGAUGGGCUUCAUGAUGGGGUUCGCAGUUGGAAUGGCUGCUGGCGCCAUGUUCGGCACUUUCUCCUGUCUCAGGAUCGGCAUGCGUGGGAGAGAGCUGAUGGGAGGAGUAGGAAAGACCAUGAUGCAGAGCGGCGGGACGUUCGGCACUUUUAUGUCCAUCGGUAUGGGCAUCCGCUGCUGAGGAGGACGAGGAGGAACGACCCCCUCAUAACUAUACAGCUAUGGGACUUUUCAAAAACCUACAUCCACCUCUCUCUGUCUGUCCGAUGCUGUCACACUGUCCACCUGCCGUCUAGUUUUGUCAAUAAACGUUCAGAUUUGUCAAAUGGG